AUCUUUUAUGUAUCGGAAAUCAAUGCACUUGUAUACCUAGGCGAUAGUUUUUAGUUUUAGUGUGAUUAUUUCAUAUAUAGGGAGAGAUACAUCACGUGCAUUUUGCUUUGUGCAGUGUCGAAGUGCACACAGUAUACAAUUGUUUAGAUUCAAUAGCAUAUAUAAGGAGAAAUCGAAUAGGAAUCUUCAUAUUGUUAUGGGCAUUAUACUCGUUGGAUGUUUCAUGAAAUGACUUACGUAAAGAAACCGUGCGUUCUAUUUCUAGCCUCUUUGGUUGAAACUCGGUAGCACUGGGUACAGAAAUCACCGACCGCAAGGGCGGAAGAAUGGCAGGAGCACCUUCAGUAUGGUAAAUCCGGUCGCUUUUCAAUGUCUCAGACUCCUAAAAAAUCCUCCUGUGCACAAUGGAUGCCCAGGAUGCACUCAAGCUCCACCCAGUGCUGUCUGUGUGUGGUGGGGGUCUUUAUGUUCCUCAUGGGGAUCAUUAUGGUAUCUACUGGAGUGUGUCUUAUCCUUAACUAUGGCUACUUUGACAAUGCACUGUUUCCCCCUGAACUACAAAGCCAGGAAGGCAAAAGAACAGUAGGGAUUAUAUUAACUGUAUCAGGAUUUGCUGCUGUGUUUAUAAGUGUUCUAGUGAGUUCCAUAUAUCUGUGUUCACGGAGUAAGACUCCUUCUGUGCACUCAAAUGAACUUAACACUAUUCCAAAUAGUGGAAGAAAGUCUUCUGCUGGAAGUAGAAACAAAGUUGCUGCUUCUAACGUUGUUACAACUGCUGGGAAGAGUAAAACAUCGUCCAAUUCUGUCACAUCCAAAUCUCAUCAAAGUAAGGGCAAAGACAUGCAUUCCACGGCAGUACCUCGUCCCAGACAUCCAAGAAAGCGGAAAAAGCAGAGGAUACUCCAGAAAAGCAAGCUAGAGGGCAUACAAGAAGCUGAUGCCAUUUCCAGAAAAUUCUCAGAGAAAGACGUCAAUAGUUCUGUUGAUUUGACAGGCCAUGACGAUAUACACAGCGAAAAAAAUUCUCAGGAAGGGACCUUAUCUGCCAUGGAAAUGCAAGAGGAAGUUUUUAUCGCAAGUGACAAUACUGUGUUAGUCUCAUCUUCAAAUUCUGUUGCAUCUAGUGAUGACUUGCCACAUGUGGACAAUCCAGCAUAUACUGAACCUGAAGUCUUAAAAGAGUGCGACCAGUCCUCCACAUCAAGUGGAUUCACAGGAUCAGAGAAAACUGACAGUCUCCACAAGGUGGAGUAUGGUACAGACUCCCCUGUGUGAUUGUGCUACAGAACACAGAAUAUCACUAGUCCCACAGAUCAUAGAAGGAUAUCCUGCAUGUAGUAUCAUUUUAAUUUCAGCAAGGAAGCUGGUCUUCUUAAUUGAAAUAUUUUUUUUUAAAUAUAUAUAUAUAUAUAUAUAAGCUAUAUAUAUAUAUAUAUAUAUAUAUAUAUAUAUAUAUACAAAUUUUGUAUGUGAUAAAAAAAUAUAAGUGCUUGAACAUGUUGUAUAUAUCAUUGUACUUGAUAUGUAGAGGUCUAGUAUCCCUCCCAUCAAGACUUCUAAAGCUAUUUUUCUAAUGGAAGUCCCAAUUUAAUUGUCUUGCUGUGCAUUAUAAAAAAAUAUAUAUAGAUUGUUAUGGCAGGUUACAAAAUUGUCACCAGGAAUUGAUUUUUGAAUUCAGUAUGACAAUAGAUCCUAAUCUUUUCUGUCAGAUUUUUAAAGAAAUAUAAAUCCAAUCCGUGAUCAAUUUUCUGUUGCUGCUUUUUGGUGUCGGUAGCCAUUGGCAAUGCAUGAUAUGAAUUUUAUUUUUGUACAAUUUUAUUGAUUUUUGUCAGGGGGGAAAGUUGUGAAAAUUGACAAUAUUAUUAGGUAUGGCAUUUUGUUUUUUGUUUUCCAUUUAAGCAGAAGAUGAAUCACCUUUGGGCUUUGGCAGCACAUUUGUUUUUUCCUUUCUCUAUGUAACUCAAAGAAUGAAGAUUGUAAGCCCCUCCUCUUUAGGAUAUAGUAAAUGUAUUGUGCAAUCUAGCUUUGUCUCAAUGAUGAUGCCAUAAUAAGCUGUCCAUUUAGUCAAGCAUAUAGUUUACAUAGAAACAAUUCUUAGGCUGUCCAGAUACUGCUGAAAACACCAAUGGUCACUGCCAAAUAUUUUGGUGUUGUACAACCGUAAGUUCAUUCUAUAAUCUUAUAAAUGUUGUGUACUUUGUAUACUCAAUCAUUAUCAAUAUGAGUAUAUUUUUUGUUGAGCCAUUUUUUUGUUCUGGUUGUGUGUUUACCAUUAAUUAAAGUCUAUUUCAAUGAAUGAAAACAUUUUAAUGUAGCACCCAUGUACACUACUUGUAGUUGUGAAUGAGAGAUUGAGAGAGAUCUACUAGUUUAUAUCCUGUGCCUCAUGAAUCUUUAAUACAGAAUGUAUGUAUUUAUAAAGUCUAGUCUAUUGAUGUUCACCAUGUUUCCAAAUUGUUGUAAUUUUGACUACUUUAUUUCUUUGCAACAUCAAACAUGUUUCUCCUACUCAUUCGAAAAGCAUCUGCUGCCAUGCUAGUUUGGAAUCUCUCCGUUGUGUUGUUUACAUAUACAGUUUUGUAUACCAUAUAUUGAUAUGCAAACAAUGACUGUGUACAAGAUAUAUACAUGUACCUACCAAAUGCGAAGAGAUUACAUCAAGACUGCAAAAUUAAAAGAAAAUUCAUGAAAUCAAUGUUCUCAAAUUAGAAAAUUAUGUACAAUGCUCAAGUAUAUGGAAUCAGAUUGUAUGUUGGAUAAGAAAAAUGCUUUCUCUUCUUUUAGUUUUUCAGACUUAAUUUGAAAACUUGGAGGGUAACAUACAUGUAUGGCAUGCAUGUAUUUCUAGUAAAUACUUACACUAAUAUUUUUUUUUUCAUUUUGAUUAGCCAGAAAUGUUCCACUAAAACUAACAUUUAUUUUCAUAUUUUUAGAUAAGGAUAAUGAGUUCUAGACAAUAUUGUGUGCUGGUGACUCAAAAACGAAAAUUUUAACUGUGAUAUAAAUUUAAAAAACCACAAUUUUUUACUGCAAUGUUUCAUUUAUUAUUCCAUUAAACCUUAUAAUUUCAUUCACAAUAUCAAACGAGAUGUUGUUAGUAUUUUCCAUAUGCUCAUUGUGCUGCAAUAAGCAGAUACAAUCAAGUGACUUGGCAAUUUCCUGACAGGGUUACAGAGAAUGACCGCAUGUUCUGUCUAUGUAUUUAUUAUUUUGUAGAUUUAUUAUGAAAAUGUGUACCAUAUAAAGUGACAAAUACGAUACGUUAUUGUUAAUUUUUAUUAAAUAAGAAUCGAAAUAAACUUAAGAUAUUAUU